UAGACUACAAAGGCAUGGCGGGUUUGAAUGAGAUCCCUUUUUGGGAGAUGGCCAUGGAAAUUUACAAGCCAAAAACUGGAUGCAGAUUGCUUCUUUUGUUCUUCAUUUUGAUGCUUCAUGUUGCUUCGUUUUUUGCAGAGGAAUCUGCCAAUACGGCUCCGGAGAGGCCCUCUUUUGGGAACUUCAUUCAGGAAACUGUUGCUGUAUGGAAGAAAUCCCAUCAGACUUCCUGGGGAAAGAUGAAAAGUCUCAUGCACCAGAUGCAGUUGCAGUUUUUUCCUCCUAAUUUAGAUUUUAGGAGUAGAGAUGAAAGAAAAGGCAGCAUGGGUGUGGUGGAUGAAAUGAAAGAAGCAGUGGAGAAGAGCUUUGAAGCAAGCAAAGAGGCAGUUGAGGAAUCUGCAAAAUCAGCAGCGGAAGCAGUCCACAAGGUGAAAGAGAACCUCGCAGAUAAGGAUAAGGACCAACCUUCUCAUGAUGAACUUUGAUCAAUCACCAGAUGUGUUCCACCUUUUUAAGAUUUUCCAUCUAUUUUUCUUCUUUUAUGUUAGAUUUUUCCAUACAUUAUCAAUUCCCUUUCAUCCAUUCAUUCAUUUA